AUGGUCCGCUACAUCGUCCUAACCACCAUCAGUGACAAUAUGCAUUGCACACACCAACCUCCACACACGAGAGAUAUCGGCGCGUUAUCCCAUCAUCCACUCAAGCUAACUGUAGAACCCUCCAUAGGUGUUAAAACAUCACCGACAUCGUCUGUAGCCCUGCAGCCCCGGGGGUUUCUUACUCGCGAAGCGAACACGUCCAACGAUCAACCGCACUCCCCUCGCCUGCUCCAAUCACGCAAUGAUCCGACCUUGAACCCUACCUCCACAUCCUUCCCGUCUUCCCCAUCCGACGCGGCACUAGGAGCUCCUAGUGCCUUCAAGAGGCAAUGCACCAAAUACCAUCCUGCGUUCUCGGAGACUUUGAAGUGGAGAAUCGGAUUUGCCUUAUUUACACGACGAUGGAUGGAUGGUGGAAUACAAUGCUCCUCCAUGUCCAUACACCGGCUUUUGGGGAUUCUGGCAUGCGCCGAUACGAUUGCUGUCAAGAACGUGCUGCAUAGCAUCGCAUGGCGUGUGCCAAGGAACUUGGUUUUGACAACCAACUCAAAUGCUGAGAGCGAUGCAGAGGACAGAAAAUCCACGCACCAGUGCGAGCCACACAAGCCAUCUAUGUUGCCUGCGAGUUGGACAGCACGCGCAACCUCAGCACAUUUGCAAAUCUCGAAUCCAGAUUACGAACUCCGUAUUCCAACCAACUUGUUCAAUCUCAGCUCUCAAGUUUUCAUCCAACCAGAAAAUGCUCGAGUUGUGCAGCGUAUCACAACAGAGGCCCUGCAUAUCCAACGUCACCCCAACACCAUCACCACAAACAACUUUCCGAUGAAUGUCCAGCAACGAACAGCGAGUGCAACUGGCAACCAAAUCCCCGGCCUGAAGCUCCUCGUGAACCACCCUGGGGGCACGAACCCCUCGAUCGAGCGGUCCACUGGUCCAUUGUCGGGGGUUUUUGACAUUCCCUUCAUAGUGAUGGGCCCGACGAGCCCGGCAGGGGCAUCUGGGAUCCCUUCUGGUUCCACAUUCUCACCAUCGCUGCGUUUGGAGGCCGCGUGGAUUUGCUACAUUCAUUUGAUGGGGUUGAGACGUGCGGAAGCUACAGCCAUUAAGAAAGAAGCCCAUAGUAACUGGGAAUGUAGUAGAAGUGCGAUGAAGAGUGCAACAAUUGAAUGGACAGACCGCCCUUCUCCUAGAGAUCAGGGGCUGGCGGAUCUCGGUCUCAGCACUACCGGUAGGAGAGAACCUACUCGAGUUCAGAGCGCCAUAACUAGUAGUAAACAAUCAAGCAUUCCAAAACCAGAACUUGCGCGUGAACCGAUCGAUACCGAGAAAUCACGACGAUAUACACUGGAAAAGACUGAGAAUAUGUCUGUACGACUUACCUUUCUCCACCCCUACAUUCACGUGAUAGAAGUAACAAACUCCCCUCUUCACACAAUCCAAUUCAAUCCAAUCUAUAUAAAAUCCAACCUCUACCCUUUCUCACCUUCAUCCCUCGCAACCCCUGCAUAUGCACCUCUACCUCCAGCUCCAGCAUCGCCACGAGUCUCCUCGUCAGCCUAUCUCAAUUCCACAGCCCUAGACCAUUUGGCUGUUCAACAUCCAUCAUCACAAACAGUCUUGACGACGGUUAGAACAGCCACUUCUCACCCUCCUAACCCUACUGCAAAGAACUCGCAUCGAUAUUCAAAGUCUAACACUAGCUUUCUUGUGUCCAUGCCGCUACCACCACCUCAAAACAAACACCUAAAAUCGCAAUCUAGGACGACGAACUCUAUAUGCCCUAUGCAGAAAAUAGGAGUGUGGGAGCAAGGAGGGCACUCAGAAUUGGAUAAAGGGAAGAAUAAUAGAGCUAGGAAGGCUGAGAGGCUCACUUACAGAUUCUUAUCUCAAUUCGAGGCAUACCAUGCACUAGUCUAA